GACGGCGGACAAAUUGACAGAUCUCUAACCAAUAGAAACACUUUCGUAUCGUCAUACCAUCGGAUAAACUGUAAACUGCAGUAUUUUGGGCAAAGUCUAUGGGCAGAGUCUAACCUAACUUAACUGACAACAUAAUACACAACAUUUUACUAUAUAAAUUUUUUACUUUUUAAAUAAUUAGUUGUACAUGAAUUGUAAGAAACUAUAGGUGUAAUAGUCAGCAAGAAUAUGUCUCUGCAGAACAAUUUAAGUGCAUUUUUAGGAGCUGCAGUUUUAGGAGUCAUUGGGGCAGCUGGAAUGUUCUUCGCAGAACAUUACAGACAACGAAACAUGAGGAAUGCUGUCGUUAAAGACUUGGCUCGGCUGGAAAAGGAAAUAUCUCAGUUAAAACUAGACUUGCAACAGUUACAAAAUCAGUCACACAUCGAAAGACACAGCCGACCAAAACGACCGAAUAGAGCUUAUGCUAAGAAAUCGAAUUCAAUCGUAUCAACAACUACUGAUGACUAUCUUAGCGCUGCAAAUCUAGAUAGUUCAGAUUUAGAGUUUUAUGAUUUAAGCGAUGAAGAAUCAAAAAAGGAGCCAGAUUGUAUCCAGGUGAUUUUAAAGGAAUUAGACGAAAAGCUUGAGCUAAAAGAUAUUCAAGUAAUAGAAGAAGUGCUACAAAGAUUAGAAGAUCUUUGCUUAGAUUAUCCCGGAAAUCCAGAAUUCUUAUAUAGAAUUGGAAAAGCGCACCAUAAAUUAGCCGACGCAUGUGAUGAUAAAGAACUUAAAGAAAAAUAUUUAAAUAAAGGAAUUGAUGCAUGUUCUUCAGCUCUUAAGGUCGUGUCGGACCAUGCAGACGUACACAAAUGGUACGCUGUAUUGAUAGGUAGUCGAAGCAAAUUAGUUCCAUUUCAAGAUCGGAUACAUGAUGGAAAUAUUUACAAGAAGCACGUGGAAAUAGCUCUCUCUCUGAACCCCAACGACGCUUCGUUGCAUUUCAUGCUUGGCAUGUUUAACUAUGAACUCGCUGGUCUAAAAUGGUAUGAAAAGAAAAUAGCAGCUGCGUUAUUUGGGAGCUCCCCAGAGUCCACAUACGAAGAAGCAUGUUUUCAGUUUCUAGAGACUGAGCGACUCUCUACUUUUGAGUGGAAAGAGAACAGAUUAAUGAUAGCCAAAUGUAAAAUCGCUAUGAGGGAAUACAAAACGGCCGUCGAGUGGUUAUACAGAGCUACCCAAGGCCAUUGCACUAGUUUGGAUGGAAAAGUCGACAAUGAAAUUGAUACGUUGCUGCAGAAGUACAAACAGUACUAAAAGUGUCGUCAAUAUAUGAUUAACGUUGUAAUACUGCAGUUCACUUUUCGAUAUUUUCAAUGUUGGUUUGUUUUUUAGGCAUUUUAUUAUCAAAUAAACUUUUGUUUUUAUUUUA